GCGGUUCUCGGGGAAAGGCUUUAGCGGCGGCGCGAGGCCGAGCGGCGGCGGUACCGUCAAAUAAACAGCACAUGUUUUACAAUAUAAAUAAAUGUUAAAAACCCGCGGUUUCCCUUUAACGUCGGAUCGCGCGGCGGCACCAGUAUUUGCAGGAAAUGGAGGAAGAUUCUGCCCUGUCUCCCGGGGAACAUCCCCAGAGGGUGACUGACAUUACAGAGAAGAACAAAAGCGCAAACGCCUCCCAACUGAAAUCUAAAAGCACCAAUCCCCUCCCCCCCAUCUGCCGCUUCUACUCUCGGGGCAGAUACUGCCAGUACGGUAACCGGUGCCGCUUCCUGCACGAACACCCAGAACCCAGACCCGAGCAGCAGACUGGAGGUCCAGCGGAAACCGCCUCCUCGCCAGCUCAGAGCACCGCCAAAGGUCUCGUGGAAGGUGUUGCUGUAAAGGCUGCCGAAAAGCCCCUCAGUCACGGGCGGCCAGAGUUUGCAGUGGCCAAAGCACCCGCUCAGAGGCAACCGAGACCGAAAAAGCCCUGCCGUUACUAUCUGUCCGGCUACUGUGUGAUGGAGGAAAGGUGUCGUUUUUGGCACCCGGAGAAGCAGCCUCCGUUGAGAGACCCCGUGGACAUGGAGAGGACCAGGGUGGUCCACAGACCCGCGGGGCCGGGGCUGCACCUGCCAGGCCCUCCCCCCACCAUGAGCAAAGAGGAGGUGAAGUUGACUGAGCUGACACAAGAGGUCGCCAGAGAGCUAAGAGGGACCGAGAUCACCCAACUAAUCAAACGCUUCCCGAAGGAUAAAUUGAUUGUUCAGGAAAGAGAGGAUGGGAAGCUGACGUACUACCGGAUCACAGUGCAGCCCACAGAUCCUGACUGGCCUUUUGACUUGAAGGAGAUCGAUAUUCAGGUCAGCUUCCCAGAUGAGUAUCCUCUGGAGGUGUUCACUGUGCAAAUCCCAGAGGACCAAGAUCUUCCGGCUUCUAUGGGAAGCCACAUGUGCAGUUGCUCGGAGGAGUGGCUCAAGGCCAAGCACGCCACCAACAAACUGAUGGGCAAACUGGAGCUGCUUUUCCGUCCCUAUCUGCGCUGGCUGGAUCGCAACAUGGAGAAGCUUUUCACCGAGGGGGCGAGACAGUUGAAAAGAGAUCUGGAUACAGAGCGAGCAGGGAUCCAGUUUGUGCCGUACCAGCAGCUUCAGAUCGCUGUCUGUGGCACUCUGCCGCCAGGCUGCCCGCCAGCACAAACCAUAAAGCUCCCACCAGGCUUCCCGGCGGCCGACACUGUUAGGGGAUUGUCACAAAACGUGCAGCGAGCAAAGAUCUCGGAGUCUGACGGAGCGGAUGCAAGUGGCUCCGGGAGUGAAAUGGGUUACAGUGAGGAGGAGGAGGAGGAGGAACUCUCAAGUACUAAACCCGUCUCUGUUGGCAAACAUCACCUGCAGUCAGCCGGAGACGCGAGUGGACAGCAGGGCAAAGAUUCCACACACAAUGUCCCUCAGAAGGGCACCGAAGUCAGGCUGGUUGGCUUUGAGCUGGGAGAGGGCACAGCUACACUGGCUCCUCAGCAGAUCACUGUAUCGCUGAAGUGCAGCAGGUGCAAACUUACUGCCGACCUGACCAUGUCCAAAAGCCACCCCUAUGUGGUAAACUGUGAGAAAUGUAAUGCGGACAUCAGGGUGACCUUCCAGGCCAGCCUGCUCCACCAGAACACAGACGUGCUCGGAUACCUUAACCUGCAGGCCUGUUCACCCGUGGAUUUGGUUUUGCAGGACAGUGAGUUUGUUGUCGGCUGCUUGAACUGCACCACAGAGGGAGUCCUGCAGAGCCUCUCCUAUGGCCAGCGUAAGGAGAUCCAUUGCUUACACUGUCACAGCAAGCUCAGCAUUCUUAUAGAGGCUGCCCACUUCCACCUCAUCCAUGUCCAGCCACAGGAGGAAACCGGAAUAAAGAAUUCAGCUCAUAUUCGACAGAAGAAGUUGCGGGACCCUACUGUGCAGGCUGGGAAACCCCUUCCUGACUAUGGUACGUGCAGCCAUUUCAGGAAGAGCUGCCGAUGGCUGAGGUUCUCCUGCUGUGGCCGUGCUUACCCGUGUGACUUCUGCCACAAUGACGAUCAGGACCACGAGAUGGAGCUGGCCACACGCAUGAUCUGUGGCUACUGCGCCAAGGAGCAGCCCUACAACAACGAGAAGCCUUGCAUUGCAUGUGGCAAUAUGACAUUGAAGGGAACACACAGCAGCCACUGGGAGGGAGGGCAGGGCUGCCGCAACAAGAUCAAAAUGAGCCGCAAAGACAAACAGAAGUAUUCGAGCGCUGCAAAGACUGUGUCUCGCAGAUCCCAAAUUCAGCCGAACAAAUGAGAAGUCUCACGCUGAACCCUGUCCUGGCCUCGGGAACCACUGUGCGUGUAAACUUUUUCUCCCUCCGAUGAAUGUUCUUCACCAAAUUACAAAGAAAGAUACAAGAUGAGUGGUUAUAAAGCCUAGGAAUUAAUUGGAAAGAAAAACUACUUUAGUCACAGACAGCAAAGAAACACAGAAUCUGUAUAAGGGUGACCAAAAAGUCUUAUUUUUCAGCUACCCCAUUAUCUAAACAAAAAUCAUUUCUUUAAGACUUAUUAGAUAUUGUAAUGGUAUCCCAACUUUUGGUCACCCUGUACUAGAGAGCUCCCUCCCCAGUGGGUAUCUGGAAUCUGUGGUGGUUGUGUGUGUGUGUGAACUUCAACUUCAUUAAAGAAGCCCACACACUGACCACUGUUACACCCAGGUUUCUACCAAUCCAGGCUAAAUGCUUAUUAACUUGGACGGAAAUUGUCCACUGUUGAUUGACAAACAGCCUCAGUGGCUGAAACUCAAUUGGACCUGAGCAGAUCUCUUGGGCCCAAGGAGAAAAUUGCUGAGUUAGCAAAACAUAAUUCUUGGGUUUGAAUUGGGAAGGAAAGCAAAUUAUCUGAUUUCCUGCUCAGGGUGGGUAAUGGAGGUUUGUGCCCUUAAAGUGUCGAAUAGAAACCCUCCUGGACUCAGUCACGCAGAGGCUAAGUGGCUAUUGUAACUGCAGCAAGUUAUAACCGACACUUGGUACAAUUUGAUUAUUUUGGCCACGUUUAAGAUCCCGCACCGAAGCUUGAUUGAUGGCUUCGAGUGGAGGUGUGAGUUUGUUCACCUCAGCCAAUGGUGGCAAAGUUCACAGUGACGAUGCCUCACUCUUAGGAAAGUGACCGAAACACCAGGAACAUGUGAAAUGUGAUCGUGAUUAUCUGUGACCUUUAACCCUGUAGCCUCAGCCUUAAUUGUCGUAAAAGCAACAAAUAAUGAAAUUAAACAAUCAUUUUUGAAACGUUUUAUAUAAGGCUCAUUUAGAGUUUGGGAAACCUCACAGAGGCAACACUGACCAGACCAGUGACUUUAGGAGUUGAGCCUACAAUCUGCAGAAACUAGCGUUUAAUUUCUUCUGAAAAAUCAGCACUUAUAUUGUUUAAAAAAAAUUAUUGAGUCAUUUGUAUGGAGGCAAAGUGCCCACUGCUCCAGUCCUGUGUGUGUGUGUUUUUNAUUUAGUGUGUGUGUGGGUGUGUGUGCAUGCAUGUACUCACGCACACACACAAAAACACACAGACACGCACACUUGAGCAGAGCUAAUUUACAGAAUCUCAGGAUGUAACACCUGGCAGCAGCACGCUAACUCUAGUUUUGGAAUAAAUAACACAAUCAGUCAAGCUUUGCACUGUUUAUGAUUUUUGGUGGCGUUUUGCCAGUGAAGAUGUUAAAUGUAAGAAAUGCCGGUAGGAUGUUUUUAAAUGUUUUUUUUGAUCAUCAAAUUUGCAUGUAUUGAGUUCAAAUAAAGUUAUCGGUUUCGUCAUGUUUA